UCUAGUCUAUAGUGAUCUGUGUUUUUGUUCAAAAUGGUGGACUGCAGAACUGUAAACAUUUUCGUUGUGUUUUUUUACUAAUAACGAAAUAGUGACUGCUCAGACUAUUCUACGUAUUAAGUUAAAGUUUAGCCUUAAAAUCCAGUAAAAAUGUUUUCUCUCCUUUAGUAAGCUCAAAGCUGUCUUUAGUCGGUAGAUAACAGGACAUUAUGGAGUUGCGAUUGAUUAUUUUUCUUGUUAUUUUACAUUAUGUUUCUGGACAUUAUCAGUUAUGUGAAAAUAAUACUAAAGUAACACGCAGCUGCACGACUCAGAUACUUGGAGUGGGUCACUCAGAUGUCAACUCAUGUAAAGUGGAAUACAUUCCACCGAACAGUGCAGAUUGUACGGACAACUUUGGCCCCAUGUCGUCCAACUCUCACAUUGGAGGAGUGAAACUCAAGCCUUAUAUACUGCCAUACACAGCCGUACAUGACAACCGGACCAUUUAUUCUGUCAAUUAUACAGUAUUGAACAUCACAUUUAGCAAUAUAAAGUGGAAAACAAUGAAAUUCCGUUUUCAAAACCACAAGAAUGUUGAAAGCCACUGCAGAAACAUAGUGAUAUCAAAUGAGGUGACAAUCAACGACCAAUCAGUUCUGUACUAUGAUUGCUACUGGUCUUUGAUGGACGGCAAUUAUAAUGGACACAGCCAUAUAUUGGACUUCGAGGCAACAGACGAUUCAGUUGUCAACAGGGGACAGUAUUAUUUCAACAUACCGUCUGCACAGAUGUUGAGUUCAACAACAACUGAAAGUGAUUGGAAACCAUUUAUAUAUAUAGAAAACUUGACAAGUUCAAUGAAAUUACACAUAAUGCCACCGCCUGCACAACUCAAAAUCAUGGCAUACCAAAUAAACAUCAUGAAAGAGUGUGACAAAGGUACCCAGUGCAACGAAACUGUCAAAAACACGACUGUCAAAUUGAUGAACAACAGUCAAGAAGUGACAUAUGAUUACAGUUGGCCAAUCAAAGCUGGGUCAUACUACUUUGUUGUCAAACCAAUACAUGACAAGUGUAAGAGUGGCCAAGUCGAAUGUCAGUUUGUGAAAAGCCCCAAAAUUGUCAUCAGUGUGCAAGCCCACCAGACGCUAAACAUAUGCAUUGCCAGCAUCACUGCAUUGGUUGUAGCCACUCUGUUCGCCUACUACAUAGUGCUUCGGGUCAUACGACGGUACUGGUGCAAGGAAUAUGGACAAGAAAUCCCUCCACCGACCAAAGUGUUAGUAAUCUACUCACCAGCGAACCGCUUGCACGCAGAAUGUGUGGCCUCACUCGUCACGUAUUUACGAAGCGAGUAUGGCAUUGAUGUCAUGUAUGACGGGGACAUCUCCAGCACAAGCCAUGGUGACCCGUACUACUGGGCCGAGGAGGCCAUGAAAGUGGCCUCACACAUUGUCUACAUAGUGGGCCCAGCGGAGAAUACGAAUCUAUACAACAAUAUAUACGAUAAACCGAUCAAUGCACACACAAAUGUCGAUGUCCUCCUGCUAUCUUUACUAAAAGCAGUCCGAGCUACCCGAUGCCAGAAGGACAUCAUGAACGUUUUCUUUGAACACUCCAAUGGCCCUGUACCAGUUGAAACGAAGCACGACAAAGUGUUCUUCCUCCUCAAAGAUUGGCAAAAACUCAUUGCUUAUUUGUCAAAGAAUUUGCUGCCGAAGAAACAGAUCAUGCGAACGGAGAAGGGCAAAUGUUUCCUUGAAGACCUUUCCAGGGCGAAGAAACUGUUGAAUGGCAGGAGUGAUGAUGUCAUAGUGAGAUGCGAGAAGAACUUUGUUGAGAAGAAAGUGCUACUUUAAAUUGCUUGCCACAUAUUUGCGGAUUUUAAAUCUGUUUUAUAUAUUGAUAUUGUGUUGCAUUAUUCUACUUGAUACAGUGGUUUAAUAAUGGCGCAACUUACCCAUGCUAGCAUGGCGGUUUGCAGUAACUUAAUAUUGCAAAAAAGAUGAAAGAAAAUGGUAUUUUCUCCAAGAUCUGUUAUAAGCCAAAAGAACUGAAUAAGUCAAACAUGUUUAAUGCAAUAUAGAAGAUGCUCUUUGAGAAAGAGGAUUCUUCAGUAAAUUAAAUUCAGAAGUAUCAUGAAUGUCAUAAUCAUUGGUUGUCUAAAAUAGUUUGGGUGUAAUAUAAAAUAAUAUUGUGAUUGGGAUGUGGAUAGUCACUAUAGGCUGUGCAAUUAAGAGAUCGAACGUCUUUGCAAUUAAAUCUUGAUGAAGUUAUAACCUUGUGUAUUUCAAAUUAUAGACCCGUGUUUUGUGUAUAAACUAUUGGGAUGUUAUAAGAGUAGUGAAAAGCAACUGGAUUGCGAUACAACUUGACUGUUUAUGAUCACCACAACAUGCAGUGAACAUUGACCUCUUACAAUAAAAGGAUGCACGAUCAUGUAGAAAAUUUAACUUAAAAACUUGCCAAUUUUGCUUUGACAGGCUUUUAGAAUCAUUGGUAAAGAAAAAUCCCAAAUUCAGAGCAAAUUCAACCUUAAGAAUUGAGUUUAAGGUUGAAUUUGCAAAUGCGACUACUUGAAUUGAGAGCCAAGAAGUUGUGUUUGGCACUCAUUGAGUGGGGAUGUUUUUUUGGUUGUUGAUUGUGCAUCCACUUUUUAAUAAAAGACCAAUGGCAGUGAGUUCUGGAUGUUGCUAGUUACUUACUGUGCAUUUAAGUGCAGUUGUGUGUUGUCAUUUAUGAAUUAUAAUUAAUAUGCACCUACUGUGUACGCUAUAUUGGUUAUAUUAUGGUCAAAGAGUCUGUGGUCCUUUUUGAACACAACUGGGAACCUGGCUGAGUAAUAAUAUAAAAUCCUCAAAUAACUUGAUUAUCUUAUCUAUCCAAGUAUGUAUCAGGCUUUGCAGGUAAGGAUUAUAAGUCAGUUAUUUGAAAGUGUUAUAGCAGGUGAAAGUACACUAUAGAAUUUUAUACUUGUAUAGUGUAUUUUCACAGAAUCUACCAAAACAGAGAAAACAGAACAGAGCAAAAAAAAAUAAUGAUGUCUAUGGGAUUUAGUUUUACUCUUGUUGCUAUAACAUACUCUUUGAUCAGUAAAAAUUUUGAGAUGUCAAAAAAAGUACUUGUCGUAGUACUAAAUAAUAUAAGAUGUUGUCUACUUUUAUCGAUAGAUUGAUAUUAAAGUAUUCUCUGUGACACUUUAAAACUCUUUUAAUGAGUGUUUAUAUUUUUCUAUAACGCAUAUUACACAGAAUGCUUCAAUAUUAUAUAAUAUAAAAUGCAUUAUUAUUGUAUGUGUAUCGAUAGUCUAUUUUUUUAAACAAUCAAAGUAGUUUGGUUUGUUCAACUUAAUCGUCGACACAAUAUUUGUAUGGUUAUAUAGAUUUGUAUAUUGUAAGUCAUAAAUUCAUGAUAUUAUUAUGUAAAUGGGCCUGUGUAGACAAGAUCGUGUUUUGCAAAGGAUGACAAGAUAAAUUUUUUUCUAUAUGUCAGAGAAAACUCUACCUUUCCAGAUUUUCCUAGACAUCGUUGUCAUUGAUCUAUCUCGUGGGCGUCACAGCGUUACGUGCAAGCACAAACAAGAUAAUGUACACACAGAUUUAUUGUAUUUUCACAAUAGGUUUAGAAUUUCAUGCACUUUUUAACUUCAAAAAGGAGGAGGUUCUCAAUUUGGUCGGUAUUUUUUUUUUUUAUGUAUGUACACCGUUUACUUAAAGACGCCUGGACCGAUUUCAAAAAUUCUUUUUUUGUUUGAAACGGUAUAGUCCCCAUUUGGUCCCAUUGCCAUCAUGUCAAGAACUGAUGAUGGAAUCCUGGAGAAAUUGAGAGGAACUUUCGAAAAUUAUAUGGGUGUCCAGUGUGUUCGUAAACUUUUCCAUUAGUACUUUAAGCACUACAAUUUCAUGAAGGUUUAAAAUCUAUCUGAUGAUGGAGCCAUAAAACAGACGAGGGAACUCCUGGGCGAUUUACAGCAGGUACCUUGUGUUUGGGCUUGAUUAAUUUGUAUUAAUGAGAAUUUUCCACAUAGAUAGGUUGUGACUGUCAUUUAGGGGUUUGGUGAUGAAGACCAAGGACAAUUAAGGGAACUCCUUAACAGUUUACAGUAACUACCUUGUGUUUGGCCUUGAUUAAUUCGUAUUGCUGAGAAAUUUCUACCUAAAUGAGUUGUGUCUGUUAUUAGGGGUCUGAUGAUGAAGACCAACAAGGUCAGUUAAGGGAACCCCUUUUGAUUAAUUUCACUCAGUUUAAUUGUGUAGGUUUUUUUUACACCAUUCAAUAACACAAAAAGGUAUUUUUACGGAGCUCUAACCGACGAACACGAUUACAACUAUUACAACAUUGGUUCUAUAGAAACAGUUUUUAUAAUUGCAUUAGAUCGUUGAUCAUAUACAAUGACAGAAAAGUAACGUCUAGCGAGGCAGGUCCUUAAGUAAUUAGUCUGAGGUGUGAGUAUCAAAUUCAUCUAUAUCUGUCUCGGUCUAGGGUAUUGAUUUAGAAAAAGAGAGAUAGACAAAUUUGAAACAUUGUGUAAGAACAUUAAAGUGUAACUACAGGUCACAGUACUAAGAACAAUAUAUAUUGUCGUCAUAGGCCCUAAUUGUUGUUGUAAUUCUACCCAGUUGAUAUAUUUACUAAGUAUUUCCAUACUAAUAUGCCAAGCCACUAAAUGUAUUAUCCAUAUGUGAUACAAUUUAUUAAUUGUAAUUAUUUAGUUAUGUUAUCUGUAGCACUCUGUGUUUGAUUAAUUGUUCAUGAAAAAAAGUUUUUUUUUUAAUUGUUUUAAUGAAAUACAGUGUGUUUAGAGUUUGUCAGCAAAAUUCGAAAAUUGCCUAUAGCUUUCAGUAUUUGUUUUUUAAUUUACUUUAUUUUUUUGUAUUUUUUGUUUUUUAGUUUUAUUUUGUAUAGAAAAUUGUAAAUUUGGUGCAGGCAGCUAAGUAGUUAGAUAUCCAUUUUACGUUGUAAAAAAGAUUAAAACAGUUUGUAGUUAUAGUACAAUAAAAUCAUGUUUUUUUUUAACAAAUUUUAGUUAUAUGAUAGUUAAGCUGAACUGAUUAGAUAGUAUUGUUAUGUUAGUCAUUAUUUACUUUUAUAUUUUAUUUAUACAACAGUGGUGUGGUAUAUUAAUAUGCUAUAAUAUAUGUACUACUUAUAGAAAGAGGCUUUAAGACAUAACUUGUGGACACCAAAGAUUAAUUCCACUAAGUUCGAAUCAAAAUUAAAUUAAUUAAUUUAUUUAACACACUAUAGGUGAUGAGUCUCAUCAACUAUUGAUGAUGUCAUUAUUAUAGUAUGAUAAUUAAAUAUUCAAUAUUAACACAUGCAAAUCAAUUCAUUUUAUAACAACUAAGGUGUGUUUUUAACUACAUGUGCAUAGUAAUUUAUAUUUAUAUGUAUAAUAAUCAUGUCAUUACUAAAAGAAACAUCCUGUAUGAAUGAAAAUGGGGAUAUUACAAUGAUGUUAAAAUAAAUAGAAAAAAAUGUAAGUAGAUAGGUUACAUAAACCACAUUCGAUGUUUAUAAAAAAAAUCAGCGGCGAAUGAGUUCAGGUUUGCUAAUUAGCAUAGUUUUAACGUGCCACUUGCGGUCCUAUCUACUACUCUUUUUUUCUUCUAACAUCAUUUGGAUAUAUUACUCUUAACAAUGGAAGUCAUAGACGUUGUAAGGGCACCCCCAGGGGAUCAUUCAGCCGCUGAGUGUCGGAUUUAACCUCUAUUUGUUUGACAGUUAGUGGGUGAAUUAUCCCCUAGGGGUGCCCCUACAACGUUUAUGAAUUCCACUGUUAAUGUGUCUCUGUGUAUGAUAGUCUGUGGUGUGUCUUGAGAUAUGUCUUAAAUAAUGUUUAUUCUGUUGUCUUAUAAUAAGGAAAGUUUUCGAGCAUAUCUAUGAGUCUGGUGCUUUUUAUGUCACUUUGAAGGUUUUUCCCUAUCCGCAUAUCUAUUAGUGAACAAUAAACAAUAGUCCAAAGAAUAGCCCACGUGAAUAGUCCAGUAGUUUAAACUCUUACUGAAAGCUGAAAACUUGCAGUCAAUUUAAAAAUGAAAUAUUGUAUUUGUAACGCUUUAUACGAAAAAAAAAUAAAAUGGCAAAAAACUUUAUUUCAAAACUGUGUAAUCCUAAUGUCCUAUGGCUUUCAUCUUUUUUUUUUAAUUUUAAAUAGAAUUUUUAAUAUUUAAUAAUGUAGAACAUAAUAGUUCGAUAAUUUAAUUACUUGUGCCUAUAAAAAGGGAUCAGUUUCACCAUCUUAUAAGUAUUGGAUAGCUUAUUUACAAGUUUUGUCUUUUAUUUGACCACAGAUUAAAGAGUAAUAGAUAUAGCGCACAAAACACGACGGUGUCGUAGCCGUUCCAAAUACAAAAUUCAAAAACUAAUACAUUCUCGAGUCAGUACGACACGAAGCGUUGCAUUAGUAAUUUGCAAUAUUCAAAAAAAUGGCGUCAUGUAUGCGUGGCGUUUUUGGUUUCACCGGCUUCACGCUGCUUGUAAAGGCUCAUUCUGGAUUAUUCUUUAUUUUGUGUAUUUGACAUAAACUAAUAAAAUGAAAAAGUUUACGUUUAAACUUAUCCAACACUAUAAGAUGGCGAAACAAGCCCUAAGUAUCCAAUAAAUCAUAUAAAUUAAUUGUGCCAUAGGGCGAUACUUUUUUAUAUAAUUCAUUAAUACAUUUAAUUGAAUUAAUAUUUGCCACAUCAUUUGACUAAUCAAGAAAAUAUAUAUUGAUCAUAUAAUUAAAAUAUACUAAUAAUUGUAUUAUGUAAUAAAAUUGGCCUUCUGUCUUUAAAUUUUUUUGUGUUUUCAAAGAUUUAACUUUAUUUCACUGUAUAUAUUAUGUUACAGAAAAAAAAUCUACUUUGUAUUGGAUAAUAUAAUUCAUUAAUUUAUUAUCCUUACUACAAAUCCUAAAUGGAAUUCAGGUUCAUAAAAUGUUCAAAAUAGCAUGUUGUGAAAACGAUGGCACUAUUUAUGCAUUAUCUGUAUACUGAAAUAUACAUAGAUAUGACGAAUAAUAUAAACAUUUUAGACAUAAUAUUGUCUAAUGACAGUUAAGUCCGACCGCUCAGAGAUUGCGUUUCUGAACGGUCGUGAUCGAAUGGGACAAACACGUUCAAUUACAUUUGCUUCGUUAUUUUGUCUCAUCACUGCAAAGACAAACAGUUGGCAUAACAACGCAGUUCAACAACCUUGUACUCCACAAGGUACUUGUCUUUGCAGUGAUGAGACAAAAUAAUGUUCGAAGUUACAUCGACCACUCUAUAACAAUCUGUCAGAAACGCAAUCUCUGAGCUGCCGAACUUUAUCUGAGUAGACAAAUGAUGCGGCAAUUUAUUAAUUAGGUACCUACCCUACUUAUUGAUGUCCAUGUUAUGUAUUUUACACGUACCUUCUAUCUUUGAUAUAUUUAUUGUUGAUCUCAUUUCCAAAACUGUUGGAGUGAAGGUGUUCUAUCAUUAUACAGGACUUCCAGCUCAAUAUAUUAAACUUUGUGAUGUAUUUUUGUAAAUAAAUGAAUAAAUGAAAUAAU